AUGGGCAUCAAAGGUCGAUCUAGAACUUCGAAUCGCUUAUCCGGUUUGAAGUUUGAGUAUUACAAUCAUCCAAGUCCUAGCACAGUAGGACAAUGGAUGGAUGAAAUUGAUGAUGGCUUUGAAUUCUCGCUAGAUGAGGCAGUUCAAUCGUUAACUAUCUGGCUCACUCCAACGGGUCACUCUACUGAACGCGGGUUGGUGGUUAGCCAAGUCGCAGCCAUCCACAUUGAGACGACUCAUUCUCGCAGUGUGACAUUUCGUUCUCCAGAAUUUCGCUCCCUUCCGCCCCAAAAGCUGCAGCACCAGUACCAAAGUGACCGUGACGAGAGACUAACAGGUAUCUCAUGGAUAAUGAAUGCAUCUUGUGAUUGCGUCCGAGCAGUCAUUUCUGCUUCUACGAGCGAAUGCCGGAGAGCUCAGAUACUGGUCCCAGAACACCCUCCCCCUUUUGACCAGGUACGGAAACUUUACUUCGCGACGCAGAAUGACGACGGUUGUAGAGACACCAUAGCCACAGCCGAAGCCUUCUUCCGAGACCGGGCGAUUAUCGGACUUGUUUUCGUCUACACGUCGGCUGCAAAAGCGAGUCUAGGCGAUUUCGAUACCAAUGCCCGUCAAACAAUUCGUUUUCCACGAGACGCUCGGGUUGUUGGCUUUUCGGUUGCGACCAAAAAGCGUGACAUUGUGGAACUCGAAUUCGAAGUUGAACGAAACGAGCAGCCUCAGUACAAGAAGCUUAGGCUCUCCAUCAAUUAUACCGUCGGAUAUGACAGGCGAGAUGUGUGGUGUAAAGACGGGUCGUCUGGGGAAAGCAAUCAACGACUCUUAGCGGGUGACCGUGUAUACAAACCCCCGAGCGAUUCGACGCUAGUGGGUAUCUAUGUGGGCUGUCAGGAGUUCUUCCGUGUUGGAGCACUGUAUGAGCCCGAGGUUUCUCAAUAG